CUCAAUUUGAGCUACAUGACGAAAGUCCAUUCUGAUAGCAAUGACUCCUCCCAAGAAGAAUAACGGUUCGAAAACUGCAUUGUCGCUACCUUGAGUAGCAUCUACGUACAACAAUUCAACACUACGCUUCUGUCUCUCGCGAUCAUAGAAGACCUUGAAUCUCCCAUCAAGUUAUUAAAGACGCCUCAUAUCCGAACUAGCAGAACAGCAAUAUGCUAUCAGAAGACGAUUCCGAAAAACAGUGGCGAGCGGAAAGCGAAGUUCUACUUGCAGAGUACGAAAGAACGACAAGCCAUUUGUACAAUGAUCCUCUGCAACACCUGCCUCAGGGCACAUCCCGCAGCCUCGACGCGUACGAAUUCGUACCUCUGUACCGUACGCCUUCCCAUCGUACGCCACUGGAAAGCACACGUCUUCGCAACAAGCCAGUCGCCAUCACACCAAGUCACACUAGGCAAUCGAGCGAAGUUGGCCUAGAGCAAGCACAUCCCGGCUCAUCAUCUAUCGACCGUAUACUCUCCGCAGACACACCGAACGAGCCAUCAUCAAGUCGCUCGCUGGGAAACCGCAAAGCGUCUGCUCCAACAUCUCCAAAAGUCGCUCAUUCAGUCAGCACUGCGUCAAAUGCGGAUCUCUUGCCAUCUAAGAAUGAUGCUGAGUACCCCAAUUCGGCUCAAGAUGCCCAACAUCUCUUGAGUGGAUCCGGAAAUAGCUUCAGCAAUCAAUUGGACGCAAUGCACCGCGAUCUAGGCAACUCACUCGACGAUAUCCGUCAUAGUAUCGAUGAUCUGCGUCACACCAUCAUGGAAUUCCGGGCAGACAUCACUGGAUUCAGCCAAUCCAGCAAAUCUGCAGCAGAGUAUAAUGGGUACUAUGGAAAGAGAGAUGAAGUUGAGGAGGAAGAGGUUUAUGAGUGGGAGAAGGACGAUUGUAUGGAUAAAUUUGCUUGAUCGACGGAGCGAGCGAAGGGCUCUGAUAUCCAUGUAAUUGAUUUCGUCGUAUGGCUGUUCUUUGUUCAACGGUUCAGUCGAAGCGAACAGUACUUGGUAAAGGCACAGGUUUCGCAAGAACAGAUUGAAAGUUCUAAUGAGCUCGGUUCGGCGUCAAAUUCAUGAGGUACAUGAACGUCGAGACUUGUUUGUGGUCGCCAUAUUUAGUAGCACGGCUCUCUGCAACAGCUUUCCGGAUCCAUCAGAUCAAUAACGGCUAUCGGGUGGA